AUGAGGCAGGCUAUUUUCUGGAACCAUAUGCCGUGCAUCGUGCCAUGCACGGAUCAAACCCUCUUGGUCAAGUAUCAUGCGGCCAUCUUGUUUCUUUUCGAACAUGGCACGUUGAAAGAUCUGAAUUACUGGUUGACUCCAAUCAUCCAGAUUUACCGGUCGAGUCCAAGGGAGCAGCUCAGCCAUUUUGACCGAAAAACUUGA